GAGUAUGCAAUCUUGUACGUAAAUUCAUUUUCUUGAUACCCUUUUCUCAUUUUCUUCGAGUUUUCAUCUUUCUAAUUAUCAAGCCAAAAUGAACUUAAGGUAUGCUCCCCAUAGUUUUAUAUUCUUGUUUUUUUCUUUUCAACUGGUCUUUUCCCAAUUGCCCACAAAUCAAAUUAAUACCAUGAGAAGAGUCUAUGAUAUGCUUCAGAAUAAUACUCAUAGUUCUUUUGCAUGGAAUGGUAUUGAUAAAACUUCAACCCCAUGUUCUUGGAGAGGUAUUUCUUGCAAUUCUGAUAAUUCUUCUAUAACCAAAGUGUCCUUUCCAUCUUUUUCUAUUUCUAGCUCUGAGUUCUUGCCUGUUAUUUGUCAAAUUAGUACUUUGGAGUCUCUUGAUGUUUCCCAAAACCAUUUAAGUUCUAUCCCAAAUGAGUUCAUUACUAGUUGUGGGGGGAUUAGUGGGUUGAAAUUGUUGAACUUUAGUGGGAAUAAAUUGCAUGGUAUUUUGCCUAGUUUCACUGGUUUUGGAAAGUUGGAGUCUUUGGACUUUUCUCAGAAUAACUUGUUUGGGAAAGUUGACUUGCAGUUGAGUGGAUUGAAUUCACUUAAGAGUUUGAACCUCGGGUAUAACGUGUUUAAUGGUUCAGUUCCUACCAGUCUUGGAAAAUUUAAUCUUUUGGAGGAACUUCAACUUUCUGCUAAUUUUUUUGAAGGUGAAUUCCCUAUUCAAAUUGCGAACUUUGGGAACUUAACUUUGAUUGAUCUUUCUCUUAAUGGUCUAUCUGGUGUAAUUCCUGAUAGAUUAGGAGAACUUUCCAAAUUGCAAGUCUUGAUCUUGUCAUCCAAUAAAUUGAGUGGCACAAUCCCCCAAUCCCUUAUGAAUAUCAAAACACUGACGCGUUUUGCUGCGAAUCUGAAUGGUUUUGUUGGAAGUAUACCAAUUGGUUUAACCAACAACCUGAGGAAUUUGGACCUAAGUUUUAACGAUUUAAAUGGUACAAUUCCUCAGGACCUGUUAUCCCCACUGAACUUGCAGUUUGUUGAUCUUACUUCCAAUAAUUUGGAGGGACCUGUUCCUGCGAGCAUGUCGGUAAAUUUGAUCAGGUUGAGAUUGGGGCAAAAUGCUUUGAGUGGAUCAUUUCCAUCUGCUUCCUUUGGAAGCCUUCAAAGUUUGACCUACUUGGAGCUGGAUAACAACAACCUAAGUGGACCAAUUCCUGCUGAAUUGGGAAAGUGUCAAAAAUUGGCCCUUUUGAACUUAGCUCAAAAUAAGCUGAGUGGUCCUAUUCCUGUACAGUUGGCUGAUAUUUCUAAUCUUCAGGUACUGAGUCUUCAGUUCAAUAACCUAGUUGGAGAAAUCCCAAGUAACAUUUCACAGUUGAACAGAUUGCAGAAGCUCAAUAUCAGUGGGAAUUCAUUGACUGGUUCCAUACCGAGUUCGUUAUCAAGUUUGAUAAAUCUUACAAACUUGAACUUGCAGGGGAAUAAACUAAGUGGUGGAAUUCCGAUCGACAUUAAAAAUUUAUAUCAGCUGUUAGAACUCCAACUUGGAGGGAACCAACUUGGUGGGCCUAUUCCCGAGAUGCCGUUGAGUUUACAGAUCGCUUUGAAUCUGAGUCACAAUCAUUUUCAAGGGCCUAUACCAGCUACUCUUUCUAGAUUAACUUCAUUGGAAGUUUUGGAUCUCUCUUACAACAGGUUCUCAGGUGAGAUUCCCGAUUUCCUGACUAGAAUGGGAGGCUUGACUAUUUUGGUGCUUUCGAACAAUCAACUCUCUGGAGUUUUUCCAUCGUUUGGAAGCUUUGUCAGUGUUGAUGCAAGAGGAAAUAGGGAUCUGAUCUUUCCUUCCCCGGUUGCUCCACCACAAGCUGCAAAAAAGGGAAGAAAAUCUGUAGUUGUUGCAGUUGUAUGCAGCGUUUGUUUUGGUAUCAUGGCAAGCAUUUGUAUUCAGUACUUUGUUUUGAAGCACUUGUAUCGAACUGAGUUUUGUUGGUUAACUGAUGAUAGGCUCCACAAGUCUCGAAUUAAACAGUCCAAGGCCAUGGCUGCAAUUUGUAGGCCAGUUAACAUUAUGCAAAGCAACGAGUUGUACACAUACUACAAGGUUAUGAUGCCUUGCGGUGUGUACUAUUGCAUCAAGAAGAUUACAAGGAGGAACAAGUCAUCCAUCUUGCAUAGCUUGGAAAGGUUCGAGCAAGGGCUUGUAAGUAUAGGUCACCUUAGCAACUACACUAUGGCCCCCCUUGCUUAUGUUGUUGAAUCUGAUACUACAUAUAUCUUUUAUGAAUACCCUCAACAUGGAACACUCUUUGACCUCCUUCACGGAAGAAGUGAUGACAAUGUUUUAGACUGGAAAAGUCGCUUUGCCAUAGCAGUUGGCAUUUGUAGAGGUUUGGAUAUCUUACAUGGAGGCUCUCUCUUCAGCGAUCCGAUCGUACUCUUCCGUGUUUCAACAAGCAGCAUCUUUAUGGAACAUUUGGACCAGCCCUUAAUUGGAGAUAUUGAGCUUGGGAGGGCAUUUAGUUCUUCACAAUUUGCCAUAGCAGUUGGAUAUGUUCCUCCAGAAUAUGCAUAUGUGAUGAGAGUGACUGAGGCUGGUAAUAUGUAUAGCUUUGGGGUAAUAAUGCUUGAGCUGCUAACUGGGAAACCAGCCAUUAGUGAAGGAACAGAGUUGGCUAAGUGGAUUAUCCAGCAUGAAGAUUUGGGUGAAGUUCUUGACAGCAGAGUGAGCGGAAAUUCUGUUCAAGUUCAUCAACAAAUGCUUUUACUGCUUGAAAUUGCUCUGCAAUGCGUAAGUGUCUCUCCAAGUGAAAGACCUGAUGCCAAAGAAUUACUAGAGACAUUGCUAUCUUUGGGCCAACAGUUUGGUAUCUAAUCACACAUAUUGUAUUAU